AUGGAGCAACCACCUGGGUUUGUUGCUCAGGGGGAGAUUUGUAAGCUGAAGAAGUCUUUGUAUAGGUUAAAACAAUCUCCCAGAGCGUGUGUUUUGUUAAUUGUCUAUGUUGAUGAUAUAGUGAUCACGGGUGAUGAUGCGACGGGAAUUGAUGCACUCAAAUCUUUUCUUAAAGAGAAGUUCCAUACGAAAGAUCUGGGAGUAUUGAAGUAUUUCCUUGGGAUUGAGGUUAUUCGUUCUAAGAGAGGCAUAUUUCUUUCACAACGGAAAUAUGUGCUAGAUUUACUUGAAGAAUCUGGGCUCUUAGGGUCGAAGCCGUGUGAAACUCCUAUGGACCAGGGUGUUAAGCUUAUACCUAGUGAGGGGGAGCCUCUUGAAGAUCCAGAGCGAUAUAGGAGGCUAGUGGGGAAGUUAAACUACCUUACUAUCACUCGUUCGGAUAUUACCUUUCCGGUAAGUGUGGUAAGUCAGUUCAUGGCAAAUCCUACAAAGUUUCAUUGGGAAGCUGCAGUGAGGGUUGUGAAAUAUUUAAAGAGUGCUCCUGGGAGAGGAAUUUUGUAUGCCAAUCAUGGGCAUAUGAGUGUUGAAGCCUUCUCUGACGCUGAUUGGGUUGGGUCACUGAGUGACAGGAAGUCGACAACGGGGUAUUGUGUGUUCCUUGGUGGCAAUCUAGUGUCGUGGAAAAGUAAGAAGCUGAGUGUUGUCUCACGCUCUAGUGCAGAGUCUGAGUAUAGACCAAUGACUCAUGUGGCAUGUGAGGUGAUGUGGUUGUGUAAUGUUCUUGGGGAGAUUGGUGUAAAGGUGAAUAAACUAAUUCCUUUGUGGUGUAACAAUAAGGCUGCUAUACACAUUUCUAGUAAUCCUGUGUUUCAUGAGUGCACUAAACAUAUUGAGGUAGAUUGUCACUUUGUGCGAGAAAAGGUUCAACAAGGGCUACUUUCGACUGUUCAUGUCUGA